UGCAGGUAUGGCAUUUCCUCCACCUCCAGGUUUUACCACCAAAGCACAAAAAUUGAAUGGAAUUGAAAUUGCAUUGGUUUCAUAGAAAAUUAACCAAAAUGGGAAUUCUCAGCACAUUUUAUUUUGUAUCAUAUGAAGAUUUUAAUCUGCUGAGCGAAAAAGGAGUUGCAUCCCACCCAAGACAAAUUCAAUUCAAUGUUGCAUGUCUAAGUAGCCAUUCUUCCCAAUCGAGAGGGAAACUAAAAAAAGAAGAUGGCGUAAACAGAAAACAAAUGCAGUAGCCAGCAGGUAUGGAUGACGAGUUACAUUCUCGUCGCUCGCGAGUAACAAGCUUAUGAACUCGGAGGCAGGUAGAGGUGGGGAUGGCAACGACGGUGGUGAAGAGCGCGUUGCAGGCGAUCCGAGAGAGGGGUCUCCGCUCAUUCCUAAGGGAUCUCAAGGAAGAUGGCUUCACGAAAUGCAUCUUCGAUGGAAACCUUCUGUAAGUCAGAUUCUCUUUUUACUUGAAAAUCUCUCUCUCAAAAAGAAGAAGAAGAAGGUAGAAUUAGAAGGUAAUUGAAAUUGAAGUUUUAAUAAAUUUAUAAUUAGGGUAAGUGGUUUGCAGCUUUAAGUUCAAUUGGAUCUGGAAAUGAUUGGCAAUGCACUUGAUUUGUGGAGAAAAAACAUGAAGCUAGCAAUAUUGUCCGGUUUCCCUGAAAUGUUUUUGAUCCGAAGAUUAUAAAGCUACAACUUGAAAUGGCAUUCAGUGUCUGCAGGAAAGAAAGGAAAAAAUUUUGUUCUUAGAUACUGAAUUCACUGGUAAACCAAGUAUAAUAAAUUUCUUUUAACCCUUAAUUGUUUAGAAAUUUAAGGUUUGAAUCCGAGCUCCAUUGGGUCUAUUCCAUGUUACUUGCUUCACAUUUGAUGGGAAGAAAUGGUUUGCCCUUGGUAAUUGUCUUGCUUGUGACGAAGUUUCUACUGCUGACUUGGAUUUGAGUUUCAGUGGUUUUCACUGAAAAUUUUGUGCUCGCAUGAAAGAAGACUUGCCAUGUUUCUGCCAGCUAUUAACCAUUUCAUCAGUUACAAUUAAAUGCAAUCAGGUCCAUACUCUUAGUCUGACAUCGUCCCUUGGACAUUUUGGAACCUUGUGAGAAUGAUAAAAUGCUUGCAGAACUUUCCAGUGUCAGCUACUAAACCUUCUCGAUUUUAUAUAAUUUGAGAUGUAAUGACAUGAUAUUUUUGCCAGUCCCAUACAAUGUCAAGAUAUUAGAUCAAUUCUGAGUGCAACAUGCUGAAUUUAGAGACAUCUUGCUUUGGUAGUCUUUCAUUGAAAGUGACAUCUUAGGUUGUUAUUGCAUACAUUUGUUUAUACUAGCCAUAGUAUCUCUAUUGGCAUGUAAAUCUGCAGACUAGCAUCCUUAAUCUUGCAUUGCAGUUCAGUUGCCCUUAAAUGGGACCAGAUGCCUUAUUCAUCAUCAUUUCUCAUCUACCUUUGGUCUGAAUUCGUGAAAUGUGCAAUGUCAAGAAGCAUUGCUUUGAGUUGUGAUCAAGGCUUGAAUAGCUUAUGCAAUUUUAUUGGGCUAAUUAGGUUUCUUCUCCUCAAGCUAUACCAUUCUUCACCAAAAACUCUUCUUAAAGUAUUCUUUGCACAGACAUGUAGCUAUAUGUUUCUGUUAGGUAAGAAGGGUUUACCCUGAUAGUGAGUUCUGAAUGACAAUUGCUUUCUUUACUCUUUACAGUAGCAAAUGAAUAUGAUGGUGAAAAAAAACUACAUGUCAUUGUGGGGGAAAGGUAUCUACUAUCUAGUCUAGAUAUCUUGUAUUGGUUCCAGGAAAGUUAUCAAGCUGAAGCAGAGUGAUAUUUGUAAUCUUUUUCUUUUUCAGAAAGAAAAAAAAAAAGAAAGAAAAGAAAAGAAGAGAAGAUGUGCUUGUCUUGGUCAUAAAGGUCAAGUUCCCAUAAUGUUUGAUAGUCAAUCUGCUUAUGUUGGCAUGUCAUUGUUCUAAUUAGUGGGACAAGCUAAACUUGAAUGAAGCUAACCUUUUAGCUCGUCAAUUGCUUUUAUUUGUUUCCAGCUGAAAAUGAGGUUCCAUUUUUCAUGUUCUGCUAUUUUUUGACUAAUUCCAUUUAUAGGGGGCUUUCACACGCUUAUAUGGCCUUGACAGCCAUGCUCUGUAUUUUGGUAUUCCUAUUAUACUACUUUUUAUAGUUUGAGUUUUUUCUUUUGAAGAACAAAAUAAAUUUUGUUUUUAUUUUAUUCUUACCAGUUCUUCAUACCUCUGGCUUCUAUGUGUAGUUCUUUACUUUCAAAUGAUCCUUGAGUUCUGAAGUUAGUUUGCAUAUAUUCAUCAUUAUUAUUUAUUGCAUCUUCGAAAGCAAUUUGCUUGAUUCAUCCAGGCAAACUAAAAUCCAUAACAUUGGGGCAACAGUUGGGGGUGUUGAUAAGUUUGGCAACAAGUAUUAUGAGAAACUUGGGGACACUCAAUCUGGAAGACACAGGUGGGUUGAAUAUGCAAAAAAGGAUUGAUAUGAUGCAUCUCAGGUACCCCCAGAAUGGCAAGGUUGGCUUCACUGCAUAACUGAUCACACAGGAGAUGAGAGCGAAGCGCGGCAGCGUCACCUGCGGUUGCACCAACCAAAAGAUGAUACCAGUCGACGAAGCUCUUCAGAUUGUGCUCAGCGUUGCCCAGAAACUGCCACCUGUCACCGUCCCACUUCACCAAGCUCUUGGAAAAGUUUUGGCUCAAGAUAUCGUUGCUCCUGACCCCUUGCCUCCUUAUCCAGCCUCAAUCAAGGAUGGUUAUGCUGUGAUUGCUUCGGAUGGUCCUGGUGAGUAUCCUGUAAUAGUUGAAUCAAGAGCUGGAAAUGAUGGGCUCGGUGUCACAGUGACUCCUGGAACUGUUGCAUAUGUCACAACUGGAGGACCAAUACCCGAUGGUGCUGAUGCAGUUGUCCAAGUUGAGGACACUGAACAGGUUAAAGCUCCUUCUGAAACAAAGCAUGUAAAGAUAUUGGUGCAAACUAGUAAAGGUGUUGAUAUUCGUCAAGUGGGAUGUGACAUUCAGAAAGAUGCAGUAGUUCUAAAAUCUGGAGAAAGAUUAGGUGCUUCAGAAGUGGGACUACUUGCUACAGUUGGUGUUACUAUGGUGAAGGUGCAGCCUACACCAACAAUUGCUGUACUUUCUACUGGAGAUGAACUUGUAGAGCCCACAAUAGGAUCCCUAAGUCGUGGCAAGAUUAGGGAUUCCAACCGUGCAAUGUUAUUGGCAGCUGCAGCACAGGAACAAUGCACAGUGCAUGACCUUGGUCUUGUUGGAGAUGACAAAGAAGAACUUGAGAGGGUCUUGGAUGGUGCUUUUUCUUCAGGGAUUAAUAUUCUUCUGACUUCUGGGGGCGUUUCCAUGGGAGAUAAGGAUUUUGUGAAGCCACUGCUUGAAAAGAAGGGGAAAGUGCACUUCAACAAGGUUUGCAUGAAACCAGGGAAACCAUUGACAUUUGCAGAGAUAUGUUUAAACCGGGCGGAGAAUGCAUCAGUGAACAAAGUUCUUGCAUUUGGUUUACCAGGGAAUCCAGUUAGCUGUCUAGUUUGUUUCCAACUCUUUGUGGUCCCAACCGUACGUCUCCUAGCUGGAUGGGAAAAUCCACAUCUUUUGAGAGUGCAAGCUCGACUUCAACAACCAUUAAAGACAGAUCCAGUUCGGCCAGAAUUUUAUCGUGCUACUAUCAGAUGGGAGGCUAAUGAUGGAUCGGGGAGUGCCGGAUUUGUCGCUGAGAGCACUGGCCACCAAAUGAGUAGUCGGCUUCUGAGUAUGAAGUCAGCUAAUGCUUUACUCGAGUUGCCAGCUUCAGGGAGAGUUAUUCCUGCUGGAAGUUCUGUCUCAGCCAUUGUUAUUUCUGAUUUAAGUGGUACCCCAUUGAGCAAGGCUGCAUCGUCAUAUGAUUCAAGUUCAAGUAGUACGCCACAUAAAAGUGUGUCAAAUGAAAUAAUGGGAGAUGGAUCUCAGGAUGUGCAGUUCAAAGUAGCUGUUCUUACAGUGAGUGAUACUGUUGCAUCAGGUGCUGGGCCUGAUCGAAGUGGGCCAAGGGCAGUAUCUGUUGUGAAUUCCUCAUCGGAAAAGUUAGGAGGUGCAAAGGUAGUUGCUACAGGUGUGGUUUCAGAUGAUGUGGGAAAGAUCAAGGAAGUUUUGCAGAGAUGGAGUGAUAUUGAUAAGCUGGAUCUUAUCCUUACACUUGGUGGCACCGGAUUCACUCCAAGAGAUGUGACCCCUGAAGCAACUAAAGAGGUGAUUGAAAAAGAAACACCCGGUCUUUUGUAUGUCAUGAUGCAAGAGAGUUUAAAGGUAACACCAUUUGCUAUGCUCUCACGCUCAGCAGCAGGCAUAAGAGGGUCAACAUUGAUCAUCAACAUGCCCGGGAAUCCAAAUGCAGUCGCAGAAUGCAUGGAGGCAUUGUUGCCUGCCCUUAAGCAUGCACUAAAGCAGGUAAAGGGUGACAAAAGAGAGAAACAUCCCCGGCACAUCCCUCAUGAACAUGCUACACCAGUGGAUACUUGGGAGCGCAGCCAUAAGUUGGCCUCUGCUGGUAGUGUCGAACCCAGUUGUCCUUGUUCCCAUUAAUAUGCUCUUUUUGUUUAGAGGAUAAGAAAGCAAGAUACAAUCUUUAGCGAUCUUUGAGAGCCAUAACUUUUUUGUUAUUAUCUGACAUCAAAAUGUGAAUAAAGAUGUCAAAACUUGAGAAUUUGAACAAACAUUGGGAUCGUGCAGAUGAUGGUCAAUUCAUUAUCAAUAAUUGGAUAGAAAUGAGAAAGAAAUUAUCGGUUUUACCAGUAAGGAAA